AGCAAUACAACUGUGUCAGCCCUCCUGAAUACUGGAUGCUUGUCAUCGCACAAGGGGAAAUGAUCUACUGUAUUUAGGAUUUGUUCAUUUGAUAAUGGCUUAAACAGAUCCUGAUGGACAGACCUGCUGUUUGAUGCUUUCUUCACUAGCCCUGAAGAUGCUGAGAGAUAGAGAUGGUUGUGAUGUUCUUUUAUAAGACAGGAAAUGCAAUCUUUGGGGGUUUCUGGAAAUAGAAAGGUCAUGCAGCCUGGAACCAGUGAACCAUGCCAGUCUCUAAGUCAUCAGAGAAAUGAUGAAGAAGCUGUUGUGGAUAGGGGUGGAACUCGCUCGAUCCUCAAAACACACUUUGAAAAGGAAGAUUUAGAAGGUCACCGUACACUGUUUAUUGGAGUCCAUGUUCCCCUGGGAGGAAGAAAGAGUCACCGACGUCACAGACAUCGUGGCCAUAAACAUAGAAAGAGAGACAGAGAAAGAGAUUCAGGAUUGGAGGAUGGACGAGAGUCUCCUUCUUUUGACACCCCAUCGCAGAGGGUACAGUUUAUUCUUGGAACCGAGGAUGAUGACGAGGAACACAUUCCUCAUGACCUUUUCACAGAGCUUGAUGAAAUUUGCUGGCGUGAAGGUGAGGAUGCCGAAUGGCGAGAGACAGCCAGGUGGUUAAAGUUUGAAGAAGACGUAGAAGAUGGAGGAGAACGGUGGAGCAAGCCAUAUGUGGCAACUCUUUCCCUGCACAGUUUAUUCGAGUUGAGAAGCUGUAUCCUGAAUGGCACCGUGCUGCUGGACAUGCGGGCUAACACUCUUGAGGAAAUUGCAGACAUGGUUCUUGAUCAACAAAUAAGCUCUGGGCAGCUCAGUGAAGACGUCCGCCACAGAGUCCAUGAAGCUCUAAUGAAACAGCAUCACCAUCAGAACCAGAAAAAGCUGACCAACAGGAUUCCUAUUGUUCGAUCUUUUGCUGACAUUGGCAAGAAGCAGUCAGAACCAAACUCCAUGGAUAAGAAUGCAGCUCAGGUUGUUUCUCCCCAGUCUACUCCAGCCAAUGUUGAAAAUAAAAAUGAUGUGAGCAGAGAAAACAGCACUGUUGACUUUAGUAAGGGACUGGGAGGCCAGCAAAAAGGGCAUAAUAGUCCAUGUGGGAUGAAACAAAAGCUUGAAAAAGGACCUCCACAUCAGCAAGAGAGAGAGGUUGAUCUACAUUUCAUGAAAAAGAUUCCUCCUGGGGCAGAAGCUUCAAACAUCUUAGUGGGUGAACUAGAAUUCUUGGACCGAACUAUAGUUGCAUUUGUUAGAUUGUCUCCAGCGGUAUUGCUCACAGGACUGGCUGAGGUGCCGAUUCCAACCAGAUUUUUGUUUAUCCUUCUGGGACCAUUGGGAAAGGGUCAGCAGUACCAUGAGAUUGGCAGAUCAAUUGCAACCCUAAUGACUGACGAGGUCUUCCAUGAUGUUGCCUAUAAAGCUAAGGAUCGUAAUGACUUACUUUCAGGAAUUGAUGAGUUUCUUGAUCAAGUUACUGUUCUUCCUCCUGGAGAGUGGGACCCAACCAUUCGAAUAGAACCCCCCAAAAAUGUUCCUUCUCAGGAGAAGAGGAAGAUUCCUACUGUGCCCAAUGGAACAGCAGCUCAUGGUGAAGCAGAGCCUCAUGGUGGGCACAGUGGGCCUGAACUACAACGAACUGGAAGGAUUUUUGGGGGACUUAUUUUAGAUAUCAAAAGGAAAGCUCCAUACUUCUGGAGUGACUUCCGAGAUGCUUUCAGCCUGCAGUGCUUAGCAUCGUUUCUCUUUCUCUACUGCGCGUGUAUGUCUCCUGUCAUCACAUUUGGAGGGCUGCUGGGAGAAGCAACCGAAGGUCGUAUAAGUGCAAUUGAAUCUCUAUUUGGAGCAUCUAUGACUGGGAUAGCAUAUUCUCUCUUUGGUGGACAACCUCUUACCAUACUAGGCAGCACAGGACCUGUACUGGUGUUUGAAAAGAUAUUGUUCAAGUUUUGCAAAGAAUACGAGUUGUCAUACCUCUCUUUGCGAGCUAGUAUUGGGCUCUGGACCGCAACUCUCUGCAUCAUCCUCGUGGCCACUGAUGCUAGCUCUCUUGUCUGCUAUAUAACCCGAUUUACUGAAGAAGCCUUUGCUUCUCUUAUCUGCAUAAUUUUCAUUUAUGAGGCUCUAGAGAAGCUGUUUGAGCUCAGUGAGGCAUAUCCAAUCAACAUGAAUAAUGAUUUAGAACUCCUGACACAAUAUUCAUGUAACUGUGUGGAACCACAUAAUCCUAGCAAUGAUACCUUGCAGGAAUGGAGAGAAUUCAAUAUCUCUGCCUCUGACAUAAUUUGGAAGAACUUAACUGUGUCAGAAUGUAAUUCUUUGCAUGGAGAAUAUGUUGGCAGAGCCUGUGGGCAUGAGCACCCAUAUGUUCCAGAUGUCCUCUUCUGGUCAGUGAUUUUGUUCUUCUCCACAGUGACCCUGUCAUCUACAUUGAAGCAAUUCAAGACUAGCCGGUAUUUUCCAACAAAGGUUCGAUCCAUAGUGAGUGACUUCGCUGUCUUUCUUACUAUUUUGUCUAUGGUUUUAAUUGACUAUGCCAUUGGAAUUCCAUCUCCAAAACUGAAAGUUCCAAGUGUUUUCAAGCCUACUAGGGAUGACCGUGGCUGGUUUGUUACCCCAUUGGGACCAAAUCCGUGGUGGACAGUGAUCGCUGCUGUGGUUCCAGCUUUGCUUUGUACUAUUCUUAUCUUCAUGGACCAACAAAUCACUGCAGUCAUUAUCAACAGAAAGGAGCACAAGCUAAAGAAAGGAUGUGGGUACCAUCUGGAUUUAUUGAUGGUGGCAGUCAUGCUUGGCGUGUGCUCCAUUAUGGGACUCCCAUGGUUUGUGGCUGCCACAGUUCUUUCGAUUACUCAUGUGAACAGCCUGAAACUGGAAUCUGAAUGUUCAGCCCCAGGGGAACAACCCAAAUUUCUUGGCAUCCGAGAACAAAGAGUUACAGGGCUCAUGAUUUUUGUCCUUAUGGGUUCAUCUGUCUUUAUGACCAGCAUUCUUAAGUUUAUUCCAAUGCCAGUGCUUUAUGGGGUAUUUCUUUACAUGGGUGCCUCAUCUCUAAAGGGAAUUCAGUUCUUUGAUAGAAUAAAGCUUUUCUGGAUGCCAGCAAAACACCAACCAGAUUUUAUAUACCUACGGCAUGUACCCCUUCGAAAAGUCCAUCUCUUCACCAUCAUUCAGAUGAGUUGCCUUGGCCUCCUAUGGAUAAUCAAAGUAUCAAGAGCUGCCAUUGUCUUUCCCAUGAUGGUAUUAGCUUUGGUGUUUGUAAGAAAAUUGAUGGAUUUAUUUUUUACCAAACGAGAAUUGAGCUGGUUGGAUGAUUUGAUGCCUGAGAGCAAGAAAAAGAAAUUGGAAGAUGCUGAAAAAGAGGAAGAACAAAGUAUGUUAGCCAUGGAAGAUGAGGGCACAGUUCAGCUCCCACUGGAAGGGCAUUAUAGAGAUGAUCCAUCUGUGAUCAACAUUUCUGAUGAAAUGACAAAAACAGCAUUAUGGAGGAACCUUCUGAUCACCUCAGAAAACUCAAAGGACAAGGAGUCAAGCUUUCCUUCUAAAAGCACUGAAGGCAGAAAAGAGAAGAAAGCUGACUCAGGGAAAGGUGUUGACAGGGAGACUUGUCUAUGACUUGUUCUUCAAUUUAUUUUUACAAACAUACAAGAAGAGUGCCACAAUUAUUAAUAAAACUGCUUUGAUCAUGUAUUGUAAAUUCUGUCUCUCAUCCCAAAUUCACGCCCACACUGUAAGUAGUGCAAUACUCAUUUUGUUCCUCUGUCUAAAACUUCUGCGCGGUGAGACAUCCCUGGUAGCCAGUGCAAGAACCUGUGUGUUCCUUGCUGGAUUAACCAUUCUUAAACACUAAAAUUCAUGUCAUCAAUCUCAUAAGAGCAGUUGAUUUUUGAAAGAGAGGACUCAUGUGAGUUGACUUGUAUUUUACUAUUUUCCUGGCCUUGUGAUGCCUAUAAAUUUUAUUCAAAGGAAAUUUGAAAGGUAACCCUACUUCUUUCUGAUUUUUGUAGCAUAGUAUUAAUGACUUAUUUUGAAAGACCCAAAUUAAAAAGUUAGUCUGAAAGCUCUUUUUUAAAGCAAUUCUAUUUAUGCUGUCUUUCUUGAUUCAAUAAAAGGCAUUUAAUAUUUUAAAAUUUGUAUUACCUGAAGCAUAAAGUCAUUUGGGGGAAUCAAAAUAAAAAUCUCUUCACAUCUUGUUUUAAAAGAAUUAGACAUUGAAGGGAAACCUUCAGACAGCAUUUAUUCAGAAUGUACAUUGUGAUUACAUUAUCCAAUAUGGACCAUAGGGAAAUACUUAAAAUCAGUGAACCAAUACUUUUAUAAACAGUUUGGGGAUGUUUUCAAUAUAAACCAUUGUCUGAAUUAUGUGGUUAAGUUUCUUUACCUCUGACACCAAGUUUUUCCAAAUCAGCAUUUAUUUAUACACAUGCAGCAUACCCCAUGAUGAAUCAUUGUAUAAGAAAUACCCACGUGUACAAUAACUCUACCAGUGAGGAUCCUGCCCUGUGUCAUGCUAGGUUGGAACUUUGUUCUCAUGUGAGGUUGACAGGUGUCCAGUUGUGAUUUUUUUCCUGCAACACUUUUUAUACUGUUCUAUUAAAAAUGCAUGCUGUCAAGAAAUAAACCUCAAACUGAACAUUUCAGCUACUGACCAGGGGAAUUUCCAAUUGAUAUUUCAGUCUGUACCAAGUAAUUCCAUCUUUACCAAGCUUGUAGAAGAGGGGAAGGCUAUUUCUGAUUUUGGAGUACUAUUUGAAAGAAUAACUUUUUAAUUCAUUUUUAAUGAAGCUAAAUAAUGACUGAUUUUAUUAGCCAUUUUAAUGUUUUGGGAUUCCAGGAAAGCCCACAGGCCAACUGAGCUUAUGCUCUUUUUAAUGUUCACUUUUGCAAGGAUUCAGAGUUCUUCCAAUUCAUUAAUUACUUUUACUCAAAGUGAUUUUGUUUUCCAUAAUCAAUAUCAAGGGGGGGGGAAAUUCCUUUGAUAAGUCAAUGAGCAGUGUUUUGUAGCAUCCUCUUGACUAUUGUUAUAGUCUGGACCUCAUCAUUUCCUAGAAAUUUCUCUCACAGCCCUCUUAAGUAAUUAUUUUAAAUGGAAACAAGCCUAAAGGAUGCAAAGAAGGAUUUGCAUUUAAUAACAAUAAAAAGAUUGUAUUUAUAAAUGCAGACGACAAAGUACAGAAACUUCCUGUUCUAAAUGCAUUGUUUUCAUGUAUUCAAUAAUACAGAUGCUACUUUGUAACAUUCCAAUUGGUUUAUGAUUUAGACUAGAAAGACAUGCCAGUCUGCCCCCAAAGCAGCCUUCUUGUGUUUUGGUAUGUUACUAACUCUUCUGUUAAAAAAGAGAUCAUAGUGAAGUGAAAGUUUCACAUGAUCAUCUAUUAGACUAUUAAGAAAUCAUUGUAUCCAAUGGCAUUCUGUGUUUCUGAGCCUUUUUUUAUAGUCACGCGCUGUUCUUGUGCGAAUUUUAACGCUAUCCUUAUGUUAAUCCCAACAUUUUGAAAUCACACAAAAUAUAAUGCAAAUGUAGUGUUAUAUAUUUACUUCUAAUUUCAUAUUCCUGGUCAAAAUUGCUGAAUUUCUUGGAUGUAAUUUAUUACAAAGUUUAAGUAAAGUGUAAAUGUGAAUAGGAUAUUGUGUUUUUCACAACUAAGAAAUGUUAUGUGGAAAUAAAUAUUUA